AAUGGUUUAAGUAGUUGGAUGGUAGAUGAUGGGCAACGUGUAUUCAUCUCGAAACAAUGUCCGGUGAAUAGAUGCACAAUUACUACGAAAAAAUCAGAAGCUCCAGACGUGGACGCAAUUUUAUUUCGUGAUCAUUUCUCACAUCCCGGUCAUAGAAAAACUGGUAAACAAGUAUGGAUUUUAUAUUUUCUCGAAUCACCGUAUCACACGGAAUUGAUCACUUACAAUGAUGUGUUCAACUGGACAGCCACAUACAGACACGAUAGCGAUAUCGUCACGCCAUACGAACGAUGGGCGUACUACGAUCCGUCAGUGACACAAGUUGAACGAUUAGAACGAAAUUACGCAUUUAACAAAACGAAAAAAGUGGCGUGGUUUGUAUCAAACUGCGGUGCCAAAAACGGCAGAUUGCAAUACGCCAGAGAAUUGGCCAAAUAUAUAUCAGUAGACGUGUACGGCGUGUGCGGGCAAUUCAGGUGCCCUAGAUCGGACAAGUGUUUCCAAUUGCUGGACCAGGAUUACAAAUUUUAUUUAGCUUUUGAGAACUCCAAUUGUCUCGACUACGUGACCGAAAAGUUUUUCGUUAACGGCCUACAUUUUUAAAUCUUUCAAACGAACCGUAUACUACUGCGUCAAAAUGUUAAGUAUAAUUCGUAAAAAACAUUUCCGAAAACAAACAACAAACAAAAAACAGGUAAAUUAGAGCCGUGUAUUUUAAACCGAACAAUACCUAACAAUUACCCAUGUUUUGCAUAUUCGUUUCACACUUUCACAGCGUCUAGCUUCAACUGUCAGUCCGCACAUAGGUCAGCGUCUAGACUCGGCGUCGU